UGCAUUUCUAUCGGACGCUGAUUGGCUUACCCUCCUUUAUCUCAUACUUUGCUACACACACUCUUCUCCGUUACUCUUCGUUACUUUAUGUUAAGCACCCAACCCAGCCCUUUGUUUCUCUCUCUCCUCUCUUUUCUCUUUUUUACUGUUCACCAUCCUCCUUGCUAAUCAAAGCCAUCAGAAUUCUUUUGAAUGAUGAACUGGAAACAUAUAAAGAAAUUAUGAAAAUCAUCAACCUUUUGAACUCAGAAAACAUCUCUCCUCUUCACUUAGCAUUGAUUCUUUGAUUUUCAACCUUCUUCCUUCUUUUCCCUCCUUCUCCUUUCCUCUUCUUCUUCUUUCCCUCUCCUCCCUUCUUCUUCUUUCUCUUCCCCCCUCCUUAAUCUGUUGUAGGUGAACCCAGAUCUAGGUUCUUCAGGAGAACCCAGGUUUGGGUUCUCCAAAACCCAGAUCAGGUUGGGUUCUUCAGGAUAGCCCAGAUAAAGGGAGACAAAAAAAGAGGAAGAAGGAAAAAGGAAGAAGAUAAUGAAUUUUUAUAAAUUUUUGUUAGAAUUUUUACAAAUUUAAUGCUUCUCUCUCCAUUGUUUCAAUUGAUGAUUGCUCUGUCUCUGCUCUUGCUCUUGCACAAUCUUCUUCCUCAGAUAUCUUGCUGUCCAGCAACCCACGAGAAAUGGGAAAGCAUCAUGGCAGUGAUGGACCAUUUGAGAAAACAGUGGAAUGAUCGGAGACGUCUGAGAAUCGGUUGGAACUCCAAAGGUAGGAAAGGAGAAAGAAAAAGAAAGGGCUGGGUGUGUUUGGGUGUUAACGACAAAGUAACAAAGAGUGGUGCCGUGGUGGGUUUGUUGGAAAAGAUUGCUGGGUGCUUUAAGAGUCUGCAGUUCAAUGUCGCGGAAAAGGCUCUGUCCUUACUGGAUGUCAAUGGAGGUCUUGGAAUCCUGAUAAAGGAGAAUUUCAAGUUCGUAUUGCAGAUUGUGUACCCGGGGCUGAAGGAAGUUACCGCUAAGCAUUGGCGGCCGAGAACCAGGGAAUUGGCAGUGGAAAUUAGCACGGUAUUGAAGGCAAUUGAUCCUGUGUUCUAUGACGAUUGCUAUAUUGCUUCCCUGUUUUGUGAAGAGGAUGAAGCAGGUAUGGAAUGGAUGGCUUUGGCGCGGCAGGAAAGAUGGACCCAAUUGGAAGGGAUGGCGGCUGCAAGAAAGGAUUGGAGUGGAUUGUCGACAAAUUUCAGUCAGGAAUAGUAUAGUUAGGUGUGUUCAUUGGACAUUAGGAGCUUUGUGAGAUUAGGUGUAGUCGUGUAGAGGGAGCUUCUACUGAAGCAGCAAACGUUAGAAACUUUUAAUAUAUUUGCUUGUAUCUAUUUUUCUUUAAAUACUGAAAUUUCUACCUGAUUUUGAAUUCUCUACUUGAGCUCUCUCUUUUGUACUUGAAUUUGAUGCAGGACAUGAUCAUCCAUUAACUGAAAAGGUUCAAAUUUUAGUAAUCAAACAAUUUUUUGACA